UAUCAUUGCGUCAACAUCGUGCAAACUAUACAUACGUGCAAGAGGUGGAAGUAGUUUCUAGUUCCGUCGUCUUUUUCUACUUGAGCGAGGAUUAUUUUCUACCUCGAUGAAUGGAACUCACUGUAGUUUGGCUUUCGUCCAGAUGGAAUGAAAAGUGGCACAAUUUUACUAGGAAAGAAAAGAACAAUCUUCUGACCACACAAAGCUAUGAUUCGCAGGUCUCGCUCUUGCCAACCUAUUCAUCUCCUAGGUCUUUCCAAAUUGUAUUGAUUGUUCUGAGCUACCCGCCUGUUUUCCAGCCAGUUUGCAGUGCUCUUUGCCCGUCAUCUAUGUCUAUCCAUUGCGCAUAUUCAUUUUACUAGACAUAAGGAACUAGGGACUUUUGUCCGGUACUAAAAAUCUUCCUUCCAGCUCAAGAAAGAUGACUGAGGAAAAGAAGAAGGAGGACAAAAAGCCGCGGGAGAUACAGGUGAUGGACACGGAGCAGUUUCUUCCCAUGUUCAACACCUACCUCGAAAAGGACUUUAGCGAGGCCCUCCACUCCUACGCGGAUGAGUACGCGGUGGAGUUCCGGCGACUCAUCAACGAGCAGGUGGCAAGCCAGAACUUCGAGACGCACAAGCACCGAUACCACGACCUGUUCGGGGUGUUCCACCGAGCCAUCGAGAAGUCCCUGGUCGACUUCUGCCACUCCAGAAGGUUCCCCCACGAAGACUUCGAGGCGACGAUUGAUCAGUACCUAGACGUGAAAAGCGACGAAGAGGACGAAGCAAAGAGUAUCUUGCUUUAUCUGUUGUUUUCAGUGGUGUUUCAGUUGAAGUUUUUUCAAGUGUAGUUUUUACGGGUACAAGUACUAAGUGCAGUUGUGUACGUAGAAGGAGCGCAGCAGUCUGGAGAGGAGAUGUUUCGGCUACUCGUUUUUGUACGUGUGGGCUUUAUGAUCUAAAGAUGAAAUAGAAAUCCACACUCGUUGUACAAUUUUUCAACAUGCAAAAAACGCACCUCAAAUUUAAAUAAAAAAUCAGAAUCCAAGGGCAUCGAUUUGGAGUGCAAGAGGCUACUGAAAGCCUUCAUCGCCAGCACGGAGUACCAGGCGUUUAUGGAGUUUAUGGUGGAAUAUGUCGGAGAAAUGGAGGAGUCAGACUUCGAGGAGAUUUUGUGCUAGACAGCAUCUUCUACUUCACGGGCCAGGUCCAGCACCUGCUCACGUCGAUGUUGUUGUUGAAUCUUGUUGUACAAUAAAACGCGCCACGUGGCAGCUGCUGCACGUGAAAUGAAUUAUUUACGUUUCCUAUACCCCGUUUCUUUGUUCGAGAAAGCACUCAGAUUGAAAGAAUGAACACCACUCUCCGGAUUCGAAGGACGCUUGUCGCUUUAGAAUUGGAAAAGAAAUAGUGUUUUAUGGAAACAAAACAAC